AUGGUGGUAGUUUUAGUCUAUGUAGAUGAUAUAGUAAUCACGGGCAGUAGUUCAGAGUUAAUAGCUCAUACCAAGAAAUUGCUUCAUUCUCAUUUCAAGCUUAAAGAUUUAGGUCCAUUAAGAUACUUCCUUGGUUUACAGGUAGCAAGAUCAGCUAAGGGCAUCACUGUUGGCAAAGAAAGUUAUGACAAACAGUUUUCUAUUUCCGGGGAUCCUCUACUGCCUGAUGCUACCAUUUUUCAACAACUCAUUGGAAAGCUUCUUUACUUGUGUAUGACACGUCCAUAUUUGAGCUAUUCAGUUAGUUUAUUAAGCCAAUUCAUGCAUGCUCCUAAUGUGUCUCAUAUGCAGGCUGCCUUGAAGAUUGUUAAAUUGGGCCUCCUGUUUGAUUACUCGGCGAUCAAUUACUGGUUUUUGUGUAUUUUUGGGAAGUCUCUUUUGUCUUGGAAGUCUAAGAAGCAAGCUACAGUCUCAAGGUCUUCUUUAGAGGCAAAAUACAGGGCCAUGGCUUCUAAGAAGCAAGCUACAGUCUCAAGGUCUUCUUUAGAGGCAGAAUACAGGGCCAUGGCUUCUGCUAUACAAGCUGGUCUUAUUCAGACUAAAUAUGUUCCUAGUAAUGAGCAAAGGGCUGAUAUCCUUACUAAAUCUCUUGGCAGUCAUUUACAUUAUCAUUUCCUUUCCAAGAUGGGAGUGCUUAAUCUUUAUCACUCACCACCUUGA